CGACGUUUUAAUGCAUUCAACAUGGCGUAAAUAUUCCAGAGCGAUCAAAGACUAAACAAAAUAUAAAAUGGCUAAUCAGGAUGUUAAAACUCUUCACCAAUGUGUGGUAUGUGAUGAGAUUUUUCAAAAAUACAUUGACUUAGAGCACCAUAAUAAGAUGAGUCAGCAUCAUACACAUAUAAAAGAAGAAAAUGAUAUUGAACACCAUAAUAAGAUGAAUCUACAUCAUGCAAACUUAAAAAAAGAAAAUGAUACUGAACACAAUCAUAAAAUGGGCCUGCAUCAUACACAUAUAAAAGAAGAAAAUGAUACUAAAAACUAUGACGCAAUACAUGUUACAGUUGAGAGGACUGGUGAAGGUGAAGGCUACAAUGAAAUAAAAGUUGAAGAAGGGAGAACUGAUGGAUUACAUUUACAAGAGAAAGUGAGUGAUGUUGAAUCAUUUCAUCAAUGUAAAUUAUGUGAUGAAAAAUUUAAAUUGUACACUGAUUUAGUGAAACAUUGUACAAUACAUGUUAAAGAUGAAGAGUCUCGAAAAAAUUCGUCACAUCAGUGUAAAGUUUGUAAAGAGCAUUUUAAACAGCACUCAGACUUAAAAGAGCAUUGUAAAAUACAUAUUAAAGACGAAGAGUCUGAACCAAUUACAUCACAUAAUAGUCAAGUUUGUAAAGUUAUUUUAGAUAAACAUAUUGAAGAAGAAAGUCUGUACCAAGUUCGUCACAUCAGUGUAAAUUUUGUAAAGAGCAUUUUAAACAGCAUUUAGACUUAGAAGAACAUUGUAAAAUACAUGUUAAAGAAGAGGAGUUUAGUUCGUCCCCUCAAUGUAAAGUUUGUAAAAUUAGUUUUAUACAAUACAGUGAUCUAGAGAAACAUUUUCAAGUACUCUAGUGCUUCUGAUCAUGAUGAUAUAGAUGUAUAUGGUUCAAAACAUUUUAAUAUCUCUCAGAAUAGUGAAAAACAGAUGAAUACAUGUACAUAUUCUUCUCAGAAUGGUGAAAAACAGUUGAAUACAUAUUCCUCUCAAAAUGGUGAAAAACAGUUGAAUACAUAUUCCUCUCAAAAUGGUGAAAAACAGUUGAAUACGUCUCAGAAUAGUGAAAAACAGUUGAAUACAUAUUCCUCUCAGAAAGGUGAAAAACAUUUGAAUACAUAUUCCUCUCAAAAUGGUGAAAAACAAUUUGAUACGUCUCAGAAUGGUGGAAAACAGUUGAAUACAUCUCAGAAUGGUGAAAAACAGUUGAAUGCUUCUCAGAAUAGUGAAAAACAUUUGAAUACAUCUCAGAAUGGUGAAAAACAGUUAAAUACAUCUCAGAAUGGUGAAAAACAGUUAAAUACAUCUCAGAGUGGUGAUAAACAGUUGAAUACCUCUCAGAAUAGUGAAAAACAGUUGAAUACGUGUACUACUUCUGAUAAUAUACAUAUAGCUCAUACAAAACAAAUUAAUAUAUCGAAUGAUAUAGAUGGACAGGUUACAAAAUCUACUAUGGUUCAGUGUAGUGCCUGUAACCGAUCAUUUAAGAAACCAAGUGAUUUAAAGAAACAUAUCUGUAGUCACCCUUGUACCAUCUGUAGUAAAACUUUCAAUCAGAGAAGUACAUUAAAUCACCACAAAAAAAUUCACACAAGAAAAAGCUCUCAUAAAUGUGAUGUUUGUGGUAAAUCAUUUGCCUUAAAAGGUAAUCUGAACGAACAUAGAACAAUUCAUAGUGGAGUUAAACCAUUCAAAUGUGACACUUGUGACAAAUCAUUUAGUCAUAAUUGUAAGUUGCAAAAACACAUUAGAAUUCAUACAGGCGAAAUACCUUUUAAAUGUGAUGUUUGUGGUGAAUCAUUUAGGGUACGGUUAGAACUGAAAGUGCACAUAAGGGUCCAUACAGGAGGGGAUCCUUUCAAUUGUGAUGUUUGUGGUAAGUCAUUCACUCAACGUGGUUCUCUAAAAUGUCAUGGCAAACUUCACGCAGGAGAUAUCGUGAAGCCAUUUAUAUGUGACGUGUGUAGCAAAUUUUUUAAAUGUAAUAAUUAUUUGAUCUGCCACAUGCGGACUCAGACCGGGAAAAACCUUUCCAAUGUCACGUUUGUAGUACAUCAUUCACCACUAAAACUAAUUUAACGGGACAUCUGCACAUUCACUCUGGAGAGAAACCAUUCAGGCUGACCUUAAAAAUAUCUUUGUUUCGCCUAACGCGACCGACUAACUAAAACCACCCCCGACUUUCUGCGAUCUUUUUAUUUUAUUUUGUGUGUCAACCUGAAAUAUAUCACGAGAGUUAUUUCCCUUUACUAUGGCUAUGGUUUGAUUCAUUAUUGAAACUGGUUGAUCAAGACGAAAGCGUCAUAGGUGUCGCUUCUCAACAAAAUGGUUGCAGACGAAAGCACGUCCAUUCCCACGAAAUGAUUCUGCCGACGACGAUAUUUUCAAUAUCCAUUUUCGAGAAAAAUGAAGGCACAACCCGCACGAUCGUUAAAAAUGUGUGGAGGGAGUUUCAAACGUGAGUUUGUCGCAAUUUGUGUGCGAGUCGUGCAUCAAGAAAAAUCCUGAUGUCAUUGAUUUGUUUGCCAAUAAAAGAAGACGAAUGUUUGCACCCGGAAAAUUAUCAAGCUGUCAAAUUAGCUCUUAAAAAAAAAAUCUGAAAAAACCCGACCUACCGACCCUUCUCCUCGAUUGUGGGUCGGGUUUGGUGAAACAAAGAUAUUUUUAAGGUCAGCCUCGGGGGUUGGAUGGCUGAAUGAUUAGCGUGCGCGCGCUGUAUCAUAAAGUCUGUCAUUAAGUCGACUGGCGUGGUUUCGAAUCCCCGGUUGUACGUGACAAGGAAUAGGGUCGCCUGUCCAACCUCGUGGGUUUUCUCCGGGUCCUCCGGUUUCCUCCCACUGCUAAAGACCCCUACGCGCAAGCGAAUUAUUGAAAUAAAAUUAAACCAUGUUAGUCCCGAAAUGACCUAGUUUGUGUCGAGUGGACGUUAAACCCCAUUUCUCUCUCUCUCUCUCUCUCUCUCAGAAACCAUUCAAAUGUGAUCAGUGUGACAAAUCCUUUAUCCAAAAAAGUAAACUGAAAGUCCACAAAAGAAUUCAUUCUGGUGGGAAACCUUAUAAAUGUCCUUUAUGUGACCAGGCCCCAAGUUCACAAAGCAUUCUCAGACUUAAGUUGAGAAUUUACUCAAAAUUGUUGACCUAAUUUUAACUAAACUAUAGCUCUUUAUAAAACUUUUGUUGUCUUAAUGUAUCAAAUACAUCAAUAAGAAACUAUGUGCAAAGUUUCGUGUUUUUGGAUAAAAUAUAUUUCUCAUAAAUAGUGAUUGAAAGUUGGGUAAAUUCUUAACUUAAGUCUGAGAAUGCUUUGUGAACUCGGGGCCCGGCCUUAACACUUAAGGGAAGUCUUCAGGUACAUAUGAGGACACAUACAGGUUAAAAGCCAUUUAAAUGUGUUUUUUGUGGUAAAUUAUUUAUAGAAAAAAGUAAUCUGACAUGCCACUUGAGAAAGUCCUUAUAAAUGUGAUAAACUAUAACACAUACUUAUGGAAGAACAAUUACUGAUUUAUUUGGGCGACGUUUCGAAGAGUAUUCUCUCAACGUUUUCAAGCAAGUACAGUAACAAAUGUGUAGAGCAAUUAUAUAUAGACAAGCAAUAACAACAAUUCAGAAACCAUGCAUGACAACAACAAGAUCAAAGGAUUAAAAAACAACAUGAUCAAAGGCAAUAUACAUAUGACGGAUUAUAGGGGUAAAUAAUUUUAAUUGGACAACCAAUCAUGACAAAUGAGAAACCAUACAUGAUGUGAUUGGCUAGGUGAGGGUACAUCAAGGGAAUAAUAAAGGACUGAUAAUAGGGGUAAACAUACCAUUAAACCAAACAAAAGGGAAGCCAUACACACACAUAAGUAUGUGUUAUAGUUUAUUGCUCUAUCCAGUUACUAAAUGCCUCUAAAAGAUCAUUAUAAAUGUGAUGUUUGUGAUAUGUCGUUUAAAGGAGGUAAUACACUCAAGCGGCAUGUUCGAAGUCAUACAGGAAAAAGGCCUUUCAAAUGUGAUGUUUGCAGUAAAUCAUUUACUCAGAUAAGUGUACUGUAGUGUCACAUUAACCUUCAUAACCUUUCAAAUGUGAAUUGUGUGAAAAAUCCUAUAUUCAAAAAGGCACCUUACAGAAACAUAUUAAGAAUUGCCAUACUUAAUGAUAGGCCUAGAUUAUGUCAUAUUCCUGAGGCAACGACUGCAAGUUUUACAUUAUCUCGAUGUUGCUAGAUUAAUUUACAAUUCCCGAACUUAUAGCUACGUUAUGUACAGGCAUGUGAACAGUAGCGUCCAAUCAGAGGUUGUAACAUAGCUACCUCCACGGAAACCUUGAACGAAAUUAGUGCCGAAAUAUGCAGGGUAUUACGUGAAGGCCUUGAUAAGAUGUAUGUAGUUAAAGCGAGAUCGGGGAUCACGUGGCUAAAUGGGUAAGACGCUGGCUCGCUAGCCUGGAGGUCGGGUGUUCAAUCCCUGUAUUGGCCGAGAAAGUUCAUCCAGAUUUUCCGGCGUGGUUUCCCCUUGUCAGUGAUGCAGGAUGGAGGGCCUGACAAGGACAGCUGUCUUGUCGUUCAGAUGGUACAAAAAACCGAGGUCCCGUGUACACAUUUGCGUGCACGUAAAAGAUCCCUUGGCAGUUGGAAUUCGAUAUAAGAGUAGGCCUUAGCGCUGCUGCCCGGGCACAAUUUCCCUCAUAGCACACUGUAUGGCGUAUGCCCGUCUUCAUUAGCUCAGGGUAGGAGCAGAACAUAGGUCGUUAAACCCCAUUUCAAUUCAUUUCAUUUUUAAAGCAAGACCAAUUCUUCUAUUGAAGAUGACAUAUAAGAUUGAGAUAAAGAGCUGAUAGU